UCUCAACGUCUCAGUAUCACAGUCGCAAUGACACGGUACGGGCUGUUUAUUCUCAUAACUCGGGUCAUACUAACAUCGUCGGUAAAUUUAGACUAUUUGGAUCCAACCAAAUUACAAACUAAAGUGCCACCAGCGGCUCAACAGAAUGCUGCUUUAACAAUAAUACAAAAGUACUCAAGCCAAGUGCAAGUUGAAGUGAAUCCUCUGCUGUUUCAUGAGAAGAAAGAUGUGUUCGCUCUCCGUACGACGCAAGGAGUACUACACAUCAGAGCCAGUACCGGCGUCGCUGCGGUGUGGGGCUUCCAUUACUACCUCAAGAAGUACUGCAACAGCCACAUUGGUUGGCAGGUUCAACGCAUAGAUAUACCCAACCCGUUACCUGAUGCGGACGAAGUGGUCGUAUCAAACGACAGAUUCAGAUACUACCAAAACGUGUGCACAGUUUCAUACAGCUUCGCAUGGUGGGAUGACAAUCAGUGGCGUCAACAUGUCGAGUGGAUGGCUCUAAACGGCAUCAAUCUAGCCCUUGCACCUGUAGCGCAAGAAGCCGCAUGGGCGAAGAUCUACAAACGUUUUGGCAUGACAGAUGACGAAAUCAACCAACACUUCACAGGACCAGCUUUCUUGUCAUGGUUCCGAAUGGGCAACAUUCGCGGAUGGGGAGGACCGUUAUUAAAAUCUUGGCACGAUCUCCAGAAACUUAUACAAGACACUGUUAUCGAUUAUAUGCUUAAACUAGGCAUGAUUCCAAUAUUUCCAGCGUUUAACGGUCACGUCCCUCGAGCCUUUUCAAGAAUUUAUCCGAACACAACCUUCUAUACUGUUAGUACGUGGAAUAAGUUUGACAGUGAUUACUGUUGCGGAUUGUUUUUAAACCCUAGCGAUCCGUUGUUCAAAACGAUUGGUAAAAUGUUCCUGACUGAAUCAACUGCUGCUUUACCCACAAGUGGUAUUUAUAGUGCUGAUCCUAUCAAUGAGAUUAAAAUUGAACCAUGGUCCACUGCCCUUGUAGUAGAUACAGCAAAAGCUAUAUUUAGCACGAUGUCUGAGGUGGACAAAAACGCGGUGUGGUUACUGCAGAACUGGAUGUUCGUACAUGAUCCUUAUUUGUGGCCAUUGAAGAGAGUUAAAUCAUUCAUAACUUCAGUACCUAGUGGUCGUUUACUUAUACUUGACUUACAGUCUGAACAGUGGCCCCAAUAUGACCUAUACGACAUGUAUUACGGGCAACCAUUCAUCUGGUGCAUGUUACAUAACUUUGGAGGCACUUUAGGAAUGUUUGGAAAUAUGCAGACGAUAAACCGAGAUGUUUAUGAAGUAAGGUCAAGAACGAAUAGCACAAUGAUUGGUGUCGGUCUCACUCCUGAAGGCAUAAAUCAAAAUUAUGUGGUGUAUGAUUUGAUGCUAGAAUCUGCGUGGCGGAAAGAGCCAGUUGAGGAUCUUAAUACUUGGGUAGAAAAAUAUGCUGAACGAAGAUAUGGAUGCAACCUUACAUCUACAGCUUGGCGGUAUCUACUCAAAAGCGUGUACAAUUUCAACGGUCUUAAUAGAAUAAGGGGCAAAUACGUUGUCACUCGAAGACCUAGUUUUAGGAUUCGACCAUGGGCUUGGUACAAGAGUCACGAUUUGUUCGAAGCCUUUCAACAUUUUGCAUUUAUAUCAGACGCGUGCAAUUCGCCUGGCUUUUAUCAUGACUUAGUCGACGUAACUCGGCAAGCUUUGCAAUAUAGAGCAGAACAAUUAUACCAAAACCUCGUACUAGACCGUUACUCUAACAGUUGGGUAUUCAAUGCGUCUAUUAACCAGUUUCUCGAUGUGAUGAACGAUAUGGAGCAAAUAUUGGCUACGAAUGACGAUUUUACAAUUGGAGAUUGGUUAAAUGGUGCAAGAAGAGUAGCUGCAGGUUCUCAAGAGAGCUACUUUUACGAACUGAAUGCUCGAAAUCAGAUCACAUUAUGGGGUCCGAAUGGGGAAAUAUCUGAUUACGCGUGCAAACAAUGGGCUGAACUUUUCCACUACUACUACAUACCGAGAUGGAGUAUGUUUUUGACUGCAGCACUUGAAGCGAGGGUGAGAAACGAAAUUUUUGAUGAGAAGAGUACUCAGAAUAUUGUAAGGUCGACUGUAGAAGAAAAGUUUCUCUUUUUGGAAAUAAGUUCGCUGCCCAAAAAUAAUCCUACAACGCUUGCAUUAUCCUUGUACGAGAAAUGGGCUAACAUUCCAGGGCUUACUGACUUGCCGUUGACCACGAUAAAACGUAAUAAUAAAAAGACGACUUUAGCAGACGUUACUUCUGAUGAAGAUGACUACACAGGGUCUCCUUCUGUUAUUCUUUUACGGUCUACUACUCCUGUUUAAGAACAUUUUUUUAAGUUGUUCAAAGUGAAUUUGUAGAAGUAGAAUUAGCUACUAAAGCACAGUGAGUCAUUUAGGAUAGACAAAAUAAAGAACAAUAAAGGAAACAAAAUAAG